AACCCUAUGCUAGACAAACCAAGGGCUUGCUAGGAAAUACUUGGGAGGAGGGGAAGGUGCCUUCUCACCCAAUUUUUAGAGGCUGUGCCCUGAGGAGGAGGAGAAGUGCAUUGUCUACUGAUCGCCUGUUACAUGAGGACAAGCUCAGAAUCCCAAACUGGAUACAAGACUGACUCUCAGAUUUGCAGGCGGGGGAAGGGGGGGGCGCGCUUUUUUCUGAGCAAAAGCAGUUAUGAACUUGUGGCUACAGAAAAACUCCUGUGUUGUGGUUGGAAGGACUGUUUAUCUGCCAGAAGCCUUGUUGGAGUUAGGGGGACAUCUCUGGAGCAGCCUCCUUAUCCUGGAUAUGGUUCCAACUACUGGAACUCUGCAGUGCAGCCUAGAGUUCCCUACCCAAGUCCGUACCCUGCUGGACCUGAGUUACAAAGCCAGGGACUGGAGUCUCCCUACACAAAUGGAGCCUAUGGGGCCCCUGCGGCUGCUCCACACUAUGCUAAUCUGCCACAGUCAAACACUUACUAUUCUUCUGGGCACCCUCGGGCCUCCUACCCGGCAGAGUCUCCGAGCAUGUACCGACCGCCAUCGGCAGCCUCGCAUUGGCAUUAUCCCCCACCAGACUGCCCCCCGGAAGGCCCCUCUCUCAGGAGGCAGGCCCCAGGAUACUCCCCACCACCGACCCCAGGUAUGCCUGUCCCACACUUUCCAUAUGGAGGAGAUACCAACCCUGGCAUUCCACAGCAAGGGCCACCACCACCACCACAACCAAGACCCCAGGAUGAAUCGUGGGCUUCCUCUGGCAUCUAUGGAAUGCAGCCACGUUAUGCCUGGCCUGCUGCUUCGACAUCCCAAGGAAGUCCAUUUGUUUCAGAAUCCUCUCCAUCCUGGCCUGGCAAUGGAGCUCCUUCUCCGCAUCCUCCAGCUCAUGAUACAAAGGAUACUACUUAUGACAAACCAGACCCAGGAGCAAACCACAACAACUACUUCCCAGAAGUCAAUCAUCAGCCCUCUGGGACUAUGAAUGAUCAUAAGUCAACUCAAUUCAACACCAAACCAUCCCAUUUCAAUCCCAAAGUGCAAUACAGUGCACAGCCCCAAAUGUAUAAUAAUGUACCUAGGAAACCACCUUUGAACCAGGAUGCAGGUUUUAAACCCAGCGACCAGCCUUUGUCAAAAUCCCUGGGAAUGCAGCCAGGGAUUCAAAGAGUUAUGCAAGUUAUGGAGGAGGUUGAGCAGUUGGAGCAAGAGGUGGAUGAAUUUGUAGGAAAAAAGACAGACAAAGCAUACCGGCUCCUGGAGGAAAUGCUGACCAAGGAGCUGUUGGAACUGGAUUCCAUAGAGACUCGUGGCCAGGACAAUGUUCGACAGGCUAGGAAGGAGGCUGUUCAUAGAAUCCAGGCCAUACUGGAAAAACUGGAAAAAAAGGGAUUGUGAAAGACAGAUGGUAACAACUCAAGGCCUGCUAUGGACAUCCCAAAGCGCUCUGGUUAGGCUUAAUUCUCAGCCUGCUUCUAACUACUUCGUUGACCACGAAAAGCAAUAAAGUCUGACUAUACUUUAAUUUUUUUUAAACCCCAAAAUGAUAAAGUGGCUGUGGACGAAUGAAGGCAGGAUUGAAACAUCAGUCCUGAAUUUUCAGGUGGUUGUUCCAGGCCAACGAAUGUACAGACAACUAUGGAAUUCUGACACUGCCAAACAAAGUGCUUUUGCCUGUGUGGGUGUCUACGUGCUUUUCAUCAGCAGGAGAGGAAACCGUUGUAUGGAACAGACUUUUCUGUACUAGGCCAAAUGUGUGUCUGUAGAUGCCACCUGCUGCCCCAUGGCUUCUUAAACAGCUGGAAUUUCUGUUAGUUACAAAGGCAUUGCAACACACAGCAAGUACAACAAGACUUCAGGCUCUUGGACCACUAUUCUUGUGUAUUAUUUACAGCUUCAUCACUCUAGUCAUUGAGAUUGAUGUGUAUUGUUCUGUGUCUUUUUGGUGCACGCUCUAGUACUGUCUUGAAGUACUGGUGGAAGAGACCAUAUUAGCAACCAGUCAAUAUGGCAACUUCACACUGUUUUCUUCUAUAUAUUGAAGAGCUAUUCAGUGAUGUUUUAUGUGGGGGAGCGGUAAUAAGGAACACAAUUGGGAGCUUUUGAAUUCUGCCUCUAAAAAGGCAGUGGUGCAAAUGAGAGAUGGCGGCAUGAUCCUAGGAAGUGAAACAUUUGAAAAUGAUUUUUCAUGGCAAAUUGGGGUAAAAAUCCACUUUUUAAUUGUAAUGUCCUUUCACAUAAUGCAGUUUUGUAUUCCACUAUAAUCUGCAUAACUGGUGGUUCUGUACAGUGCACUGUGGAGGGGAGAGGUAAAUCAUCUGCCUUUAACUGGGGGGCUACCACAUCUGAAAUUAAGUAGUCAUUACUGUGUAUGACAAGAGAAAAUAAACUCUGGCAAGUUUUAAACAUCAUUUUGUACUGAUAAGAAGUUGGAAGUGACUUUCUUUAAAGUUUGUGUGAAACUAUAAAUGGAACCUGUUGUAACCAAAGCACCAUACCUGGAAUUCUGUCCUUGUAGCAGAGCCUCAUGAGACAAGGCAGCAAGUGGCAUGGAAAUGGGGAUAUUCGUGAUGUUGAAAGGGGGUUGGUCCUACUUUUGAGAUGGCUUGGAGCAGACCAGUUCUGUGAACCCUAUAGCCUUUUGCUCCUGGAACAAUGACCCCAUUUUCCUGAAGCCACCCAGCCUGGCAUUCUCUAUGCUGCUAGUCAGUGCAGUGGAAGAUGUAUGUCUGCAGAUUCUACAUCCUUAGCGCACCUGAAUUCUGCUGGAUGGUACUGACCUCUCCAAGCGUUCGGAUCCAUCCUCAUAAUCAUGCAUGCGGUUGGCAGUCUAGAAAAUGUACUCUGGGCUAAUCCAGAAGAGCAGAAUAAUCAGUCUGGGACAAUAAAUGUUUUGGAUUGGAGGACCGUGUUUAAUAGCAAUCAAUGCCUCCUAUCAGGCAGAGACCAACCAGGCCUAGCUAACGCUGUUUGGGAAAUAAAGUUGAAUCUGAUUCCAAAGAGCAGAAGCUAUGCUCUAGCUCGUCACUAUAUUGUAAGCAGCCUCCAGUUCUAUGCUAAUAUAAGUGGGGGAGAUCUGGUUACAAGGACUGAACGUCUGCAGGAAGUAAUGGUACAUCAUUAAUGAAUUAAACAAUGGUUGAUGCUACCAGUGCUUCUGAGAAUUAAUGUUAUCCUAGUUUAACACCGACAGACUCCAGUCGGUGGGCAGGAUCGAAUCUGGGACCUCUGAAGCUUAGUGCGUGAGCCUCUACAGCAUGAGCUAAAAGCCAACUGGCUGUUAGCUAAGGUUGUAGAGCAGACUCAUUUGAUCUCUCUCUAAGUGGUCUCGGUGCCACUAGAUAGGACAGAACACCACACCCAGAAGGUGUGUGGGUUACACUAGCACUUCCUCUCACCUGCAUGCUUCAUGGCACAAUAUUUUCUUUUUUUUAAUGUGUGAGAAGUUUACCAAGUAACUACCAUUGCUGUCGCAGUUAGUUCUUUUCCCUGGAGGAGCUGAGAGAGAAACACCUAUUCGUUCUGGGCAUUUGUGCUCCUUUAAUUUAGUGCACAGUUUAAAUACCCUGGUGCUAGGAAUGUUAAAUCCUUAGUGCAAUUGCUGUUGGAUCCUAGCUGUGUCUCUAUAAUGUGCUUAAAAUUUUCCCAGAAAUUACUGCUUCAGGCUCACAGAAGAAAUCUAAGAUUUAGCAGAAACUUUGUUUUUGAAAGGGAACAUGAGUAUUGAUACAAAAGUUCCAGGAAGGAAAAGGCUUCUUUGCUAAGAUGAAGUUAGCGAGACAAAAAUUGUACAGAAAAAUACUCCACUUGCUGUAACCUUACAAAAUUAAUGGCAUAGCUUAGCUCCUCUUCCUCAAAUUCUCUGGUGACCUAGAGUAGCGCAGUCAUUGUACAGGCUGAGGAACCUGCAGCCUCCUCGCUAGAAGUAAAAUGGUCAAAACAGGCUAGUGACUUAUGUAAAUUAAUGUAACUUUGCUGAGCAACUUUUCAUAGAAAUGUAGGGAUGGAAGGGACCUCAAGAGGUCAUCAAGUCCAGCCCCUGUGCUGAGGCAGGACGAAGUAGACCUAGACCUGAGAGGUGUUUGCCUAACCUGUACUUAAAAAUCUCCAGUGACAGGGAUUCCACAAUGUCCCUCGGAAGCCUAUUCCAGUAUUUAACCUCUGAUAACUACUCUUUGAGUAUGGACUUUCAAUCAGUUAUAUACCCACCUUAUGGUAAUUUCACCUAAACCAUAUUUCCCUAAUUUCAUUAUGAGAAUGUCAUGGGGGACUGUGUUGAAAGCUUUACUAAAAUCAAGGUAUCACCUAUAUUGCUUAUCCAUUAGGCCAGUAAGCCUGUUAAAGAAGGAAAUUAGAUUGCGGGGGGGUUGCAUGCUUUUGUUUGGCAUAUCCAUGCUGAUUAAAUUGGUUGUUUAAUAAUUUGUUCCAGUAUCUUUCCAGGUAUCAAAGUUAAGCUGACUGGCCUAGAAUUCCCCAGGGUCUCUUAUGUUCCCUUUUUUAAAGAUAGUACUACGUUUGCCCUUUCACCCUAUGCGACGUCAUCUGUCCUCCAUGAGUUCUCAAAGAUAAUCGCUAACGAUAACUUUUGUUCCCUCUGACCAUAGGCUUUAAAAGCUUUCUUCCAUCAGCUAAUUAAACACUAAUUAUAUCAACCACUCAAAAGAAAUGAAGAGUUAAGGCUGAGCUCAAACUCCUUGUGACUAAUGAGGAUUUAAGAUGGUGGCAUUCUCCUUCUUAGGUCUGAGGUUUUGCCUGUCCAUCUUGCACCAUUCUGACUUUGUUAAAUUAACUGUGGGCAGUGGGCUUGACCAUGUUCUCCUGAGCACCUGCCAUCUACGCUGUGGAGUUACGCCAUGUGGGCUGUUCAACGCAACAUUGUUUUCUUUGCAGUGAACCCCUCCCCGUCCUAUAUGUUAACACCCACCUUACUACCUUCCAAAAAGGAUUAUGCAUGCCUGCUGAAAUGUCCCCUAAAAAUGAUUUUCAAAAUAAAAGUCCCCAUUGGA